GUGCUUAUCGAAACAAGGCUCAAGCAAGGCUAGGAAAAAAGUCUUGAAAUUGCUAUUCCAAUCACUCACAUCAAUUAACAUCAGCCCGCAUAAACGAACAUGAAUGGCAACCACCAUUCCUAGCACCCUGAAAGCCGCCGCUCUCAAACAAAUUGCCUUCAAAUGCGGCAUCUCAACUUCUGGCACCAAACCCCUCCUCAUUCAGCGUCUCCAAGAUGAGCUUCCACAAAUUAACUCUGCGAACACGAAAGGCUCGUCAACUGACGCCAAACCUCUGCGUAUCUUAAGCAUUGAUAUGGGAAUCCGCAAUUUCUCAUUCUGCCUCCUCGAAAUCCCCCCCUCGAAAUCUACCUCUAGGUCACGAUCCUCCAAAAAAAGCAAAGAACCUACAAUUCCCAUCCCUAUCCUCCAAUCCUGGCAAAAACUUUCUCUCCUCCCGCAAUCCCCUCCAAAUGUCGAUCCUGAAACCAAAGAAAAAACGCGCAACGAAUUUACUCCCUCCAUUCUCAGCACCGCAGCCUACUCCCUAAUCCGACACACUCUCCUUCCUCUCUCUCCCACGCAUGUUCUAAUAGAGCGCCAACGUUUCCGCUCCAUGGGUUCCAAACAUAUCUUAGAAUGGACAAUUAGAGUGAACAUGCUAGAAAGUAUGUUAUGGGCUACUCUCAAAACGUUAGCUGAAGAGAAAGUAUGGGAUGGAGAAGUAAUUGAGAUUGCGCCGAGGAAGGUAGGGGUUUUCUGGGUUGAAGAGAGGGGGUUGUUGGAUGAAGAAGGGGAUAAGUUCAAGAAGGUUAGGAAUACAAAGGAAGUCAAGGCGAGGACUAAAGGAGCCAAAAUUGACUUGGUUAGGGGGUGGUUGGAAGCUGGGGAAAAUCAAAAUGGAGAAUCUCAAAAUCGUCUUGAAAUGGUACAGAUAGGUAGUCAACAGGUUAGAGAGGUGAAAGAGAGAUACACGGCAAAGUGGGAUAGGAAAGCUGGGAGAGCAAAGGGAUUCAAGGUUAAAAGUAAAACUAGAAACAACGAAGAUAAAGAAGAAGAAGAAGAAGAAGAAGAAGAGAUGAUACCAGAGAAAGAAGAAGGGGUAGGUAAACUAGACGAUCUGGCAGAUUGUCUACUGCAAGGAAUGGCCUGGCUUAAAUGGCAGGAAAACAAAAAGAGGGUAUUAGAGGAGGGUGUAGAGGUUUUGCUUGAAUGCUGAUCGAACGAUUCCCUUUCAUAACCCGUUUUUCAUGCCCCGACCAAAUAUCUAUCUACCACCCAAUCCCAACUCGAGAAUUUCUUGCUCGCCCCCA